UGCUCCGCCAUGGUCUGGCGCGCUCGGAUGCACCGCCCAGGACCACCGGGGCUCUGCUGCCGAGCUCCUGGCAGCCCGCAGUCCCCUCGCGCGGCACGCAGGCAUUCGUUCCAUAACCAUUCACUGGGUACCUACUGUGUGCCGAGCCCUGAGUGAUUUUACGCUCAGGAAUGUCAAGCAAAGUUCAACAAAUCUUUGAAAUGAGGACAAGUCUUGCCCAGCUGGAGUCCUGCCGACUUUCAGUCCGGUGCUCAUCCGUUUCCAAUAGGAACUGCUGGAGCUGCUGUAUAGCCCUGCCUGUCUUCACUGCAGUGUCCCAGGUCCUGUACGAGGCACACACUCACCUAUCACCUCCUCAGAAAAGCCUGCUUGGACUGCACGAUUCAAAGCAGCAGUGCCUCACUACGGGCUUUGCCUCGGUCUCCCUGCCUGCCAACAGGAGGAUGGCAGAGGCGGAGUUGCACAAGGAAAGGCUGCAAGCCAUAGCAGAAAAAAGAAAGAGGCAGACUGAAAUAGAAGGCAAGCGACAGGAGCUUGACGAGCAGAUACUUCUGCUGCAGCAUUCCAAGUCCAAAGUGCUUCGCGAAAAAUGGCUGCUGCAGGGUAUCCCCGCCGGAACUGCCGAAGAGGAGGAAGCCAGGAGGCGGCAGUCUGAGGAGGAUGAGUUCAGAGUCAAACAACUGGAAGAUAACAUCCAGAGGUAGGUGGUUCCCAGCGCCGGACCACCCCCCUAC